AUGAAAGCUUCAGCAAGUAAGAAACCUGGUACUGCCAAUGGAGGCAAUUCAAAACAAGGAAAUAAUGCUAGAGCACAAAAGGUUAAAGCUAUAGGUGGUGAGAGCACAGGCAAUCCAGCAGAGGCUAAAAAGUUAUUCAAUGAUGGAAAAAAAUAUUUUAUGGGAAAGGGUAACGUUUAGCAGAAUUUAGAAACUGCAUUUCAGUACAUGGCAGCAGCUUAUCAUUGGCGUGGUCGAUGCUACUAAGGUAUGGGCGAUUUUUAGAGAGCUCUUUACGACUUUACUCUUGCCAUCAAACUUGAUAAUUAACAGUAAGCUAAACCCUAAGAUUAAGCAGAGCAUUACAACUUUGCCGGCUAGUGUCAUUAAGAGCUUGGUUAGCUAGAUGAAGCACUAAAGCAUUAUGAGAUAGCCGUAAAGAGGGAUCCAACCAAUGGAAACUAUUACUAUAAUAGAGCUUUGGUAAAAGCAAAAUUGGAAAAAUUAGAAGAGGCGAUUGAUGAUUAUAAUAGAGCUAUAGAAAACCUAAGUGAUCAAAAUUACAUUUAUCAAGCGAGAUUCAAUAAGGGCAUCUGUCUUAGAAGACUUGGGAAAUUAGAGUAAUCCAUAGAUGAUCUUAAAAAAGCAGUCGAGAUGAGAAAUGAUAAGGCGAGUGCUCAUAAUAACCUUGGUUUAUCAUAUUUUGAGAAAGAAGACUUUGAAGAAGCUUUGAACGAGUUUUCUAAAGCCAUCUCAAUUGAGCCUCAUUCUUUCCAUUAUAAUAAUAGAGGUUUAGCAUUUUAUCAUAUUGGAAAGCUAGAAGAAGCUAAGAAGGAUUAUGAUGAUGCUAUCCAAAGAAAUCCUGAUGAUCCAUUUUUCUACUUCAAUAGAGGCAAUGUAUUUUUGAAUUAAGGUGACUAUGAUAACGCUCAUCAUGAUUAUGAUAUUGCAAUUAAAAAUGCCUCGAAUAAUCCCAAAUUCUGGCACAGUAAAGGUCUUGCUUUUGAAGGAAAGUCUCAAGAAGAAAUUAAAAAGAAUGGCAACAGUGAUCAUGUCCUAUUUCUUCAAGAAAAAUCCAUAGAAAUGUAUAAAUCAGCUUUAGCUCUAUCAGAAAACUUCAUUUCAAGUAGAUUCCAUUUAGGUCUUAUGUAUCAUAGAACUAACUAAUUCCAUAAAUCUCUCAAGUGUUUUUCUAAUGUGCUUUAGAAAUUGCCAGAAGACAAGACUGUAUAUAUAGCUAGAGGUCUUGUUUAUCAGGACAUGGGAAACCACCAGUUCGCUGUAAAUGAUUUUAAUCAAGCUAUUAAACUUGAUAAUAAUUUCUCAGAGGCUUAUUAUCGAAGAGGAGUAUCGAAAUUAAAAUCAAGAAGAUUCCAUGAAGCAAUUGAAGAUUUCAAAACUAGUUUAGAACUUGAUACAAACUAGGAGAAUCCUGGAGUUUAUGAUGGUUAAGGUUGCUGCUAUCAUGCCCUUAAAGACUAUGAUCAAGCCAUUUCAUUCUUUAAUAUAGCUAUUGAGAAAGAUCCCUCAAACAUCAGUUUCUUAAUGAACAGAGCUUAGUGCUACUAUGACUUAAACAUGUUUACUGAAUCAAUAAAUGAUCUCAACAUGGCUUUGAAAGUAAACGAAAAUGAUCCACAGGUUCUUUACAAGCUUGGUCUCUCUUAUUAUGCAUUCAAUAAAUACAAAAAGUGCAUCAAAACCUUAAAGAAAGCACUUAUUAACAAACCAUUCUUGACCUACGAAGCUGAUAUAUACUAUCAUAUUGGACUUGCUUAUUGCAAUCUUGAGAAAUUCGAAAAAUCAAUCUAUCCAUAUAGUAGGUGUAUUGAAAUGAUCCCAAGCGAUAUAAGAUAUAUUCACGAGAGAGCUAAAGCUUAUCAAAUGAUUGAAGACCAUGAAAAAGCAGUUGAAGAUUUCAGUAUGGUGAUUAAGAAGAACCCGAAAAAUGCUCAUGCUCAUUUCAGACGAGCUUUUUCUUUCAAAGCCUUAAAGAAAUACUCAGAAGCUGCUGAUGAUUUUGAGAAAGCGAAAGAACUAGACCCUCUAAAUCCAAAGAUGGUUGUUAACUAUAAAAAACUAAAGGGAAUAACUUGUAUAGUCCUAUGUAAACCUGGUGAAGAAAAGAUAUUUAAUUGA